AUGUCCGCUGGGCGUUUACGCACGUUGCUGUUUAAAUGUCACUUUUUUUUUUUCUGUGUGUGUGUGUGUUUGUGUGUCUGCAUGGAAGAAGGGGGAAAAGAGAAGAAAGGAGGAGGUGGUGGUGGUGGAGAAGUUCACUGCGAGAUGCCAACGUCGUUGAUGGUGGGCAGAUGCGUCACUCGGCCUCGCCUCACUCUUCUCGCCGCCGCCAUCGCUGUCAGUGUUGUGGCCCUCGCUGUCGAUGCCGCAGUAUCGGGUGUCCCUGUUGCCGAGGUCGCGUUUGCGCCGUACAACAACUUUGGUAAGGCGCAAGUGGAGGAAUCGGCCGCCGAUGAGUUGAGUUCUAAGGGGAGUAAUGAAGACGACAAUUUCUGCUUUAUCUCACAUGGCUGCUGGGGCGGUAAGCCUCCACAGAAACAGGGACAGAAGGACGUUGCGGCGCUCAUUGCGAAGCUCAUUGAGGACGGCGAGAGGCUUCCAGAGAGGCGGGACGAGCGCAUACGGUUUGUGCUGGCCGCUGGGGAUAACUUCUAUCCAAAUGGCGUGCGGGACGUGUAUGAUAAGCGUUUCUUUACCACCUUUGAGCGCUUUUAUGGUGGCAGCCGUGAGGUGCAACGUGUGCCGUGGUUGUUAGCACUAGGGAAUCAUGACCACCAGGGCAAUUGGUCGGCUCAAGUCAGUUACACAUAUGCCACGAGGGAUCCGAACUCGUAUAUUCGUCGUUGGUCCCGCAUUAGCUCAAAUGUUACGGCGGUGACGGGCCGUUGGUACAUGCCGCAUGCGUAUUACGCGAUUAAGGUAAGUAAAGAUAUGGUGGUGAUUGUGAUUGACACGGUUCUCCUACAUAAUUGCCAUGAGCGUCUGCAUACUUGUUGGGACAAUGGAAAACAGAAGUGGCUGGUAGGGCAUUGGCUCCUGCACACAUACGCUUCCGUGCCGUACAAAGUGGUCGUUGGACACUAUCCUAUUCUCUCAAACGGACCGCAUGAAAAUUUUGCUUGGCUGCAGGAUUGGCUUAUUCCCCUAAUGAGGAAGUCAUGUGCCUCCAUAUACGUUCAUGCAGACAAUCACUACCUGCAGGUUUCCAAGCAGGGAUUUCAGUACUACGCUAAUAGUGGUGGGGGUGCUGGACUUGGGUUGCAUUACCCACGCAGGCACAAGAUCUGGUUGUUAAACGAGAGCGUUUUUCAUUCCGUUCAGUAUGGUGUUAUGGUGCACUGCAAGAAAGGUAGGAACCUCACGCAUCGCGUGCUGAGCCGAACAGGGAAAGUACUUUUUGGGUUUGUCUCCUGGGAAUCAGAUGACGGUGCCACUCUUGAGAAGUGUCUGGCGGAUUUGACCACGGGGGUGGAUGUCGUGAGAAGCAUGGAGGGUGAAGAAUAUGGGUUAUUACUGUGUUUUCCACUGAUGAUAUUGGUUUUGCCGCUACUUUUGGUUUUGAUUUCAAUAAGGCGACGUCACCGCAUACUCGGUCGACGGCGUCUGUGA